GAGUCAAAACGGAAAAUGUAUGGCCGGGGAUAUUUAGCAUAACCUUUUUUUUUUUUUUUGGCCAGUUUGCGCUACUUCCUCGUGUAUUCACUUGGUGAGUUGUAUUUCCCCUUUUUUUCAACACAGCUAGUUUAUGUGUGGAUACGCACGAUCACGUUUGUUUGUAAAGGAAGGCAUUGGGAUUUAUCAGGGGCAUAGCUAAAUUCAGUUCACCCCUUCAUCGCAGCAGCAGAGUGGAACGCGCGGGUGCAUACGUAUGCGCAGACGCACAUUUGGGGGGGUACACACCUCUUAGGGGAAUUGGAACAGGAGGCACCGCAAUUGGGGUGUCACCGCACAGUCGUGGGAACCACCAUACGUGCAUACACACGUACACACAUGCAUAAAUAUACAUGUAUAUAUACACACAUACAUACCUGUUCAUACGUGCAUGUAUACACACAUGUGCGUGUAUGUGACGAGACCAACACGUGAAGUGAAAAAAUGGCCUUUUUAAAAAGCCCCGCUGUUGUGUUACUCCUGCUGGUGUUGCUAUUGCACGUAGCGCGCUGCACCCACUUUAUCGUAGGUCCUCUGGAGAAGGACUGCCUUCACUUCCGAGUUGACAAAAAUAACAUCAUUGUUGGGUCGUACGAAAUAAUCGACAAGAACGCAUUAUGUUUAAUGUACAUAGUUAACAGAAAUGACAAAAAAAAGGAGAAACUUUUCAAGUCGGAACGUGUACAGGACAAGUUCGAGAUUAAGGUUACAAAGCCUGGCGCCUAUUCCUUCUGCUACGCGAACCAUAAAAAAACAGAAAUAACAGUAAUGUUCACUUUGAGGGUGAAAGAAAGCCACGACGCUGCCGACGCGGAGUUGGGUACAGCUGAUGAUGUACAAAAAAUAAGUAACGAAGCAUCCCAGUUGUAUGAACAGUUCUUUGAAGUCUUUGAAGAGCAAGAAAAAAUGAUGGAGACGGCAGACUUGUACAAGCAGUUUAACGAAAAAAUGAAUUCGAAAUUAAUUCUGUGGUCAGAAGUACAAAUAAUACUGCUAAUUCUGUUAACCCUAAUUCAUAUAUUCUACAUAAAGUCCUUUUUCGAAAUAAAAACCAUCGUCUAG